GCCGCGCCUGUCCCUCUCUGGUUCUGCCGUAGCCUAGGACACCGAGGCCCGGGAGCCUGGCUGGGGCAGGGACUGGAGCCGCGGGACGGCGCCUGGAGCAGGUUCUCGGGGGGUCAUGGAGCUGAACACCAAAAAGAAGCUUCAUGCCCUGUCCCUGGCUGAGAAAAUCCAGGUGCUGGAACUCUUGGAUGAGUCCAAGAUGUCCCAGUCAGAGGUGGCCCGGCGCUUCCAGGUCUCCCAGCCCCAGAUCUCACGUAUCUGCAAGAAUAAGGAGAAGCUGCUGGCAGACUGGUGCAGUGGCACAGCCAACCACGAGCGCAAGCGGAAGCGUGAAUCCAAAUACAGUGGGAUCGACGAGGCCCUGCUCUGCUGGUACCACAUUGCCCGAGCCAAGGCCUGGGAUGUAACGGGGCCCAUGCUACUUCACAAGGCCAAGGAGCUGGCCGAUAUCAUGGGCCAGGAUUUUGUGCCCAGCAUCGGUUGGCUGGUCCGCUGGAAACGCCGAAACAAUGUGGGUUUUGGGGCUCGCCAGGUCCUUGUCCCUCUGUUCCCUCCUGAACCACCUCCUUCAGGGCUUCCAUCCCAGGCUCAGCCACCCCUUUCCCUUAAAGACUUCUCACCAGAAGAUGUUUUUGGCUGUGCCGAAGUGCCCUUGUUUUAUCGGGCAGUGCCUGGCAGAGUAUCUGAAUGUGAUCGGUUUCAGGUAGUGCUGUGUGCCAACAGCAGAGGCACAGAAAAACGAAGGGUCUUUGUGGGUGGGCUCCAGGCCGCUCCAAGAUGCUUCUUUGGGGUCAACAGUGAGGCACUACCUGCUUCUUAUCACCCUGACCUAGCCAUCCCCUGGUCAGAGUGGCUGGCACAGUUUGACCAGGACAUGGGACAGCAGGGCCGGCAGGUGGCCUUGCUGCUAGCUGCCAGAGUGGCGGAGGAAUGGACCAGCCCUACUGGACUCCACCACGUGCGACUCCUGCCACUCUCUGCCUCCAGCGAUAUACCUUCUCUGCCUAGCUCUGUGGUUUUGGCCUUUAAGGCCCAUUAUCGUUACCGUCUGCUGAGCAAACUGGCUGCCAUGCAGAGUGCAAAAGAGGACAGCUCACUGCCUGAGGCCAGGGCCAGCAUCACAGUUCUGGAUGCUCUACAUAUGGUGGCUGCAGCUUGGGCCAGGGUGCCUCCUCAGCUCAUUUUGAGCAGUUUCAUUCAGGAAGGGCUUGCUCCGGGCAAAACACCGCUGUCUCUGGACAAGGACGCUGAGAUGUCACCAGUCCCUAGUGGGCUGAGCCAAGAGGAGUUUUCCCACUUUGUAGACCUGGAGGAUGAGGACCCAGGACCUAGAGAGUGCAAAGAGGAGAUGGGUACUGAAGCUAGAGGGAGGGAAGAAGAUGGUGUUGAGUCCCUGCCCACCAAAGCUGAUGCCCUGAGAGCGCUGUGCACCUUGAGGAGGUGGCUUGAAUGCAACAGCACAUCUCCAGAGCUCUUUGAGAAGUUCUAUGACUGUGAGGUGGAGGUGGAGCAGCUCUGCUGUCUGUGAGGAAGCAUGGCCACCUGCAGUCUCCCUCUCCUGUUUCCCAUGGAAACGCCUCUCCAGAGGCACACUGGCUCUUUCCUGUGGAAAUAGUGUGUGGAGGGUGUGAAGGGAAGGAAUUUGGAACAUGAUGUCAAAGGUCAGGAAACAUUAUUCAAACCUAGAGUUUCUACAGUUGGGACCUCGGGAGUGGGGAUCCAGGCAGUGUAGCUGCUAGGCCCCAGUGAAAGUUCUAGAUCUUUGGGGGGAGUUAGUCUAAAUAGGGUAGAACCUGGAAAGGUGGACUUCCUGACAGCAGCCCCAUCCCUUGAAUUUUGUGUCAAAACCAAUUUUGCUU